AUGCGGGUCACCCGCCAGCGCCAUCCCCUCGCAGGUUCUUCCCUCGACUACCCUCUUCAGGAGACUUCUCGCCGGCGGAAGAGGGGGGUGCUCGUCCUCACAUCGUCUACAAGGUGCUCGAGUGAGUUCCCGAACCACACAAUCUCCGUUUCUAUUCCGCAUUCCGUCGUUUUCUCUGUGACCGUGAAGGAGUUAUCCUCAUUCCCCCAGUGCUGAGGAGGUCCAAACCCUAAAACUUCUGUCUGCUGUGUGCAGGUUCUCCUCGGGUUGUCCGAUGUGGGGUCCGCUUCCGUCCGUGCAUUGACAUCCACAAGGUUGCUCGCUGAGAUCGUCGUUCAUCCAUCGCAUAAUCUGUUCAUGAUGUCUAUCAACCUCCAUGGAACCCGUUAGCUGUCUCGAAUUAUCUCCAUGAAGCAUACCCAGGGCAGGAAGUUCUUCAUGAACCUCUGUCCAGCCUCCGAGCUCUCUCUCUCUCUCUCUCUUUCUCCUUUCUCCCUCGAGCUGCUACGUAUUCGGUUCUGCGUAUAUUAUCUCCCGAAAUUUUACAUGUUUCUGGAGAAUAAUUGGUCAAAAUGCACCUCUUAACGAAUAUUUUUCAUUAAAUGUUCUUUGUGAGAGGUAUCGUGUAGUAAAUGAACUCACUUCUAGCCUCGUACUUAUUCUUUCUGGCAUCAAAGUAGAAAUGAUCUUACACUAUCAUUCCCUUAAAAUUAAAUAUUAAUAUUUUUCAUUAUUUAAUUAUCACAAUGUGAGACCUAUGAAACUUAAUAUUUUUCAUUACAUGUUCUUCGUGAGAAGUACCCUGUCGUAAAUGAACUCACUUCCAGCCUCAUACUUAUUCUUUCUGUCAUCAAAAUAGAAAUGUUCUUGCACUAUUAUUCCCUUAAAAUUAAAUCUUAUUUUAUUUUUUACUAUUUAUUUAUCGCAAAGUGAGACUAUGAAGCUGAAAUUUUGUUUUUUUUAAUUUUCCUUCUAGGGAAAAGUAAAGCAAAUCGUUGGGUCAACUCUCAAGGACUCGAAUGAAGGCAAUUCUUCUCUCAUAACCAACUUUGAAUCUGACAAGUCCCCAGCUGAGUUUGCACAGUUGUACAAGGAAGAUGAGCUUGGGGGUGGCCAUGUUAUAAUGCUUGAUGCUGAUGCGUUGAGCCGGUCUGCAGCUCUUGAAGCUUUGCACACUUACCCAGGUACAAUCUUUUCCUGGUGGAGAAUCUACAGUUCAAGUGGAUCGAAGAAGUUAACCAAGUUUCUGUUUCUGUCGCAAUUAACUAGAAAAUGAAUGAUUCUGAUUCUAAUCCCUGUAUUUCCUCUUAUUUAUUUUUGUUGUCUGGUGAUCUCCACGCAGAAAAUGGCCUAAAUAUUGUGGUUAUUUUUUCUUUGAUGGGCCACCUCCGUAUGCCGUGUUUUAUCUGCUACCAUGAACAUGUAGUUUCUAAGAUAAUCAUAUAUUACAUGAUGAAAAGAUUACAGCAUAGAUCGUGAUUCAAAAUAUAUUAUUGUUUCUGUGAUUAUAGAAUCUUAGGGUUUUUGCCUCAAAUUCAUAUUCGUUGAGAUAGUUUCAAAAUGUAUUAUUUCAAGGUGGUCUGCAAAUUGGUGGUGGCAUCAACUUGGACAAUGCUUUGAGCUACCUUGAGGAAGGAGCCAGCCAUGUGAUUGUCACAUCGGUGAGUGAACUUUCUCAAAAUGUGGCCAUAUUAUUUCUAAUUUUGUUCUCUUAGUGAACUAAUGGACCAUAUGAUGCUCUCCCAGUUUUCGUUACAUUUAGUAUGGUUUAGUUAUUCGCCAUAUUGUAUGCAACUUUUUAUAAUUGAGUAUUCGCAUGAUUUAAAGGAUUAGAUAUUAUUAAUUGGAGCAUAUAUGUGAAAAUUCAUCGUAUGCUUCUGGGUAAUAUCGAAGGGAACAAGAAAUUUUUGUCCAUGGGAGAAGCUCACCAAUGAAUUGAAUAACAUAAAUUAUUAGAAGACCUUGUCCGAUUACCUCGUCACCAUUAGCUCUAUUUUUGUAAAUUAUAGUAUCUUAUUAUUCUUAUUAUUUUUAUUUUUGCUCCUCGUAAGGCCAAAAUUUUAUAUGGUUGAAUCUCUCGUUCAAUUUGCAGUAUGUUUUCAGUGAUGGUAAAAUGGACUUAGAGAAGCUCAAGCGCCUGGUUAAUCUGACUGGGAAGAACAGGCUGGUGCUUGAUCUCAGUUGCAGAAAGAAGGUACACUCAUUUCCAUAUUAACUUGAUAUUUAUAUCUAUUUCGGCCUCAGAUGGGUCGCUAAUUGCUCCAAAAAUUUACCAACUUUGUCUCCUUUUGGUAUCCUAGAAGCAUUCUUUGCUCCAAUUUUGUUUUUUAAUUGGCAUUUUGGUCUUUUUCUCCUGUAAUUUUUUUUCACGGAAUGUUACUGCCAAAUCUUCUCGGACUAAUUCCUCCGGUCUUCUGAAAGUGUCUAGUAACCCUGUUCAACCCUUGUGUGGGAUCAAAGAACUAGAGACCCAAAGUCUCGAAAAUAGUAGAAUUAAUAAUUAAAAAUAAUUUGAAGAUAUUUUCAUCAACAGUAUUAUAUAAGUUUUUCUCAAUCUUUACAGUCCAGCGAGUUGUAUGGAGGAUAACCUGCCAAGUCGGGUAAUCACCACUCCAUCUCCAAUGCCAGUUUCAUCUUAGCCAUUGAAGCUUACAAAAUUGAGGUUGAUGCUGCCGUCGCACUCCUAAUGAGAGAAAAACAUCUGCAAAAUCUCCUGGGAGAAGGAGCCCCAGUGAUUCUACUUUUACUCCACGUAAAUUGCGAACGGUAGAGUGUUCUUCAUAAAUAUUCUCCGAAUCAGAGGUCUAUGCUUCUGGCUAGAAACUGGCUGAUUCUUUCUAUCUCUGUCUGGUUCUGGAUCACUUUAUGAUUGGUAUUCUGAAAUAUCUAUAACCUUAUCCAACUUUGAAGAGUUGACCUCUUUUCGUAUGAACUCGAUCUGGUCCGUUCCAGUUAGAGUACUGUUUCUGGCCGAAACCUGGUCAGUUCUUGCAAUGCAUAAUCGCAAUUGGAGGAAGGGGUGACUGGGUUUUAGUCAGGGGAGAAAGAAGAGAGCCUCUCUCUCUCUCUCUCUCUCCCACUAUCUCUUUCUCUCUCUCUCUCUCUCCUCAUUUUCCUUCUCCACCUUGUCCUGCUCGAAACAGAACCCAUAAAGAAGAAAACCUCAAACCUUAAUCCAGCUAUGGCUAAUUCAAGCCAAAUGAGAGCAGUCUGGGUUGGCUUCAAUUAACUUAAGCCGAUCUUCUCCGAAUUGGCUGAUUUGAGCCCCUUAGUUCUUCUUUUUCUUUCUGAUUUUCAUUCAGAUUAAUGAUUAGUUGAUUAUUGUCUGAUUUUCUCAUGCAGAAUGGCAAAUAUUUCAUUGUCACCGACAGAUGGCAGAAGUUCACCGAUGUGUUCCUCGAUGAGGAAAGUUUGGCCUUUCUCUCCGCCUUUGCUGACGAAUUCUUAGUUCAUGGAGUUGACGUUGAGGGGAAAAGGUAUCUUGUUAAGAACCGCAUCUACCCAAUUUCAUAAGUUGAUGAAUGCCUGAAUUUUCUUCUGGAAACUAAUUGAUACAUUUCUUGAACGCUUACUGGUUCUUUUUGUUUCUAAGAGUAGAAAAAAUGGGCAUUCUGAGGCCUGAUAAAUUCCACAGCUUCUCCUCUACUUUCUGAAGUUAUUAUUGUAAAUUCUUGGCGAUAUAUUUUUUGAUCAUAAUAGACAUUUAUUAAAAUAGGUUUUAUUAAUGGAAUGAACAUCCGACCUUUUGUCUUAUUAUGAUAAAAUCAUCGUAAUUUUUUCAACUUAUGCUCAGAAAUAACAAUCUUAUCAUAGUUAUUUUUUUUAUUAGCUCUGAUCAAUUUUAUUCAUGGAGUAGGCAUUUCUGAUGCCAAAAUCAAAAAUAUUUAUCAACCUAAAGGCUCUAUUUCUUCAUGGGAAUAAAAAGAAAAAUCCAUUUUUUUUACUUUUAUUGGAAAGAAUCCGAAUCCAUAACUUUUAAUCAUGCAAUUCCCAGGCUUAAUCACCUAAAUUCUUCCAGCAUUUAUCCUGCGACUAUAAUGCUCGUUUGAAGAAAGAAGAGAAAGCCCAUGGAUAAUAGAUCUGAUUUUAUGUUUUUCAAACUUUUAAGUUCAUGUUGAAUGCAUAUCAACCUAGCUGCUUAUAUCUUCCUAUGAUUAUGAUUUUGAGAUAAUUUCAACAUUUUCUCUGUAUAUUUCCAGACUAGGAAUCGACGAAGAGCUCGUCACUCUGCUCGGCUGCCUUUCGUCGGUGAGUGCAGCUUCACCACUAUCGCCAUUUUAUCUGGGAAAUAUGUUGUUUCCCAAUGAGAAAAAAAGAAAGAAAAAAGAAAAAACCAUCUGUUGACCACUCACCAAUAUCUGGGAAAUAUCGGUGAGUGCACGAUGAACAGACUUCUCUCUAUGAGGGGUGAUAAUAUGAUCAGCAUUUAGCAACUGCUGUUGACCUGGAUCUAUAUUUGGCAAUCCUAAGUCUAUAAUAUGCUGAUAAUCAAGUGGGACCCACUUGUUAUGAUCCUGGAUCAUUGGCAGAAUUAGGGCUGAUUCAUCCCCUUGAAUAAGCCUGACCAUCAUAGUAGAUCUGAUCAUGGUUCAUGUUCUUCGUCAGAUUCCGGUGACGUAUGCAGGUGGUGUGGCGACAAUGGUUGACCUCGAGAGGAUAAAGUCUGCUGGCAGUGAGCGAGUUGACCUCACAGUUGGCAGCGCCCUGGAUAUUUUUGGAGGUGAUCUACCCUACAAGGAGGUCGUAGGAUGGCACCAGAAGCAGCAGGCCUUGGCUGGUCAACCCAAUCCCAAUCUAUAA